AUACUAACUGACAACCGAGGCGGUCGGAGCUAGACACACACAUAGAUCCCGGCGAAAAAUCAGGCGGGCGGGGCAUGGAAGGGAGGAGCAAGGUCGCCGCGAUGCCGUCGGAGCCGGUGAGGCUCAUCGGCUGCUUCGCCAGCCCUGUGGUCCACCGCGCGGAGCUGGCCCUGCGCCUCAAGGGCGUCCCCUACGAGCUCAUCGAGGAGGACCUCAACAACAAGAGCGAGCUGCUGCUCACGCACAACCCCGUCCACAAGACCGUCCCCGUGCUCCUCCACGGCGACCGCUCCAUCCCGGAGUCGCUCGUCAUCGUCGAGUACGUCGACGAGGCCUUCUCCGGCCCGCCGCUCCUUCCCGUCGACCCCCUCGCCCGCGCCAACGCCCGCUUCUGGGCCCGAUUCCUCGAAGAGGAGUGCAAGAAGCCUAUGUGGAUGGCGCUGUGGGCGGACGGCGAGGCGCAGGCUGCGGCGGCGACGGAGACCAAGGAAAAGCUGACGCUGCUGGAGGCGCAGCUGCCGGAGGGGAAGAGGUUCUUCGGCGGCGACGCCAUCGGCUUCCUCGACAUCGCCGCCGGCGGGGCGCUCGCGCACUGGAUGGGAGUGUUCGAGGAGAUGGCCGGGGUGCGGCUGCUCACCGAGGAGGACCACCCGGCGCUGUGGCGCUGGGCGAGGGAGUACAGGGCCGACGAGACCGUGCGUCAGUGCCUCCCGGACAGGGCCCGCGUGCUCGCCGCCUUGGCGGCGAGGAAGGAUCUCUAUGUUUCCAUUGCUAAGGUCAUGGCUGCACAGAAGUAGCGUACUGGUCAACGCUGCCGAAAUCAGGGCUAUGUAUACAUGUCGAUGCAUAUCCAAAGUGUAUCCGAUGUUCUUGGAAUAAAAAAAACAUCAAUAAAGUUUCUUCAGAUCCUA